UUCCCUGGUCCAGGCAGCGCUGACUCAGCCACCCUCCGUGUCAGCGAACCCAGGACAAACCGUACAGAUCACCUGCUCCGGGGGUAGCGGCAGCUAUGGUUAUUACAGCUGGCAUCAGCAGAAUGUACCCGGCAGUGCCCUGUUACUGUCAUCUACAGCAACAACAACAGACCCUCAGACAUCCCUUCACGAUUCUCCGGAUCCAGGUCUGGCUCCACAGCCACGUUAACCAUCACUGGGGUCCAAGCUGAGGACGAGGUUGUGUAUUACUGUGGCAGCCAUGAAAACAGCAGCUGUGGUUCUCUGGUCAAGGCAGUGCUGACUCAGCCACCCUCCGUGUCAGCGAACCUGGGACAAACUAUCUGGAUUACACGCUUUGGGAGUAGCAAUGAAUAUGGCUGGUACCAGCAGAAGGUUCCCGGCAGUGCCCCUGUCACUGUGAUCUAUGAAAACAACAAGAGACCCUCGGACAUCCCUUCACGAUUCUCCGGAUCCAAGUCUGGCUCCACAGGCACGUUAACCAUCACUGGGGUCCAAGCCGAGGACGAGGCUGUCUAUUACUGUGGUGGCUGGGACAGCCGCAGCAGCUAUGGUGUCUGGUGACAACAAGUAAUAGGACAUGAGAGACUAACUCCUAAAUCAGGGGAAGGU